GCAUCAAACCUUUGCAAUUCCCACCCACAAACCGUGCGGUAGGGUGCCAAUUGCUUCACAUUGCGAAAUCUCCCUUCACACGGUCAAUAUAACUCCAUUACAGGGCAUUCGCACAAUCAACCACUGCCAAGAUGCCCUCCGUGCCGACCCCCUCCAAGGCCGGCAUUGUCGAAACCAACACCGGCGAAAGACACAUCCCUUCCUCAGUACGACCGGACGGAUCAAAGCGAAAAGAAAUCAAGAUUCGUCCCGGCUACAAGCCACCGGAAGACGUUGAAGUCUACAAAAACCGCACCGCAGAUGGAUUCAAGAACCGUGGAAGUGGUGGAGUCCCUGGAGCAGAGGGGCUAAAGGACGAUAAAGAUGAAAUACCAGCCACAAGCAACAAGAAUGCAAAGAGGAGAGAGGCAAGAAAGAAGGCAAAGGCUGCCGAAGAAGGUGGCGACAAGGUGAAGGAGGAAUCGAGCGCCGCUGAAACAAAAGAAGCGAGCAAGGCUGAGGAGGUCGACCCGGAAGUGGAAAAGGAAAAGAAGGCUAGGAAUCUCAAAAAGAAGCUGAAGCAGGCUAGGGAAUUGAAGGAGAAGAAGGAAGGUGGAGCUGCCUUGUUGCCGGAGCAAUUUGCUAAGGUGAUCAAGAUCAACGAGCUCAUCAGGGAAUUGGACGCUCUGGGAUUUGACGCAGAAGGCGAACCUAAGGUUAAAAAGGAAGACCUCACUUCCUGAGUUGGAAAGCGUAUUUUGGGAGGGAUGAAAUUAUGGGUGUUCAGAUGCACAUUGACCAUUGGCGUGGAGUUGGGGAUUGGGUUAACAAGCGGCGUAUAGAGGAUUUGAAGCAGCUGGAAAGCUCUCUGAUUAGAUGAAUCCUCUGGUAUAGAUAACGCCAGGUCGUGAAGAUAAAUUCUAAAUUUGUCUUUUACACUGCAGGUGUUGUCCCUAAUGUGUGCAUGAGACAUCAAAACAUAACUUCUAAUCCGAAUCUGAUG